AUGCAUCCGAAGAAAUGUGUUGAUGUGGUAUGUUAUAUUUUUUUACAACAUAAUGAUCAUAAUGUUGUAUCAAGUUCAUUGGAAACACAUGAAAUUAUACUUAAAUAUUCAAAUUUAUUUGAUUUUGAUCAAUUAUUAAUUUCAACCCCAAUUGGAUCUAUAGAAGAAAUUCGUGUCAGUGAAGCCUUAAAAACAGAUAUUACAUAUCUUUUAUCUUUAUGUGAACAUGGUGAUCUACAUUUACGUGGUGCAUGUGCAAGUUUACUUGCUACAUUAAUUCAAACAACAAUUCAUCUUUUAUUAAACAAUGUUCACUUGCAUGCAUUUACAAUCAUAGGAAUUGAAUUAUUAGAAAAUUCUAUUCAACAUACUACAAGUUCCUGUAUUCUUGCUAAAUUUGCUCUAGCUCAACUUAUGGAUGAUAUUGAUUUUCGAAUAUUAACUUAUCUUGAACAACAAUUAAAACAACAGUACCCUGAUAUACGUGUUCGUCAAGCAAUUGCUUCGACUUUUGUUAAUCUUAAAAAAUAUAUUAAUAGAAGUGAAAGUGAUUUUCAAGCUGCUGUACUCAAUUUACUUGUUCAAUUACUUUUAAUUCGUCAUUUUAUUUAUUGUAUUGCUGAAUUUCUUGUUAUGUUCUCACAUGAUACACUUCAUUCAAAACAAGUUAUUAAAAUACAAGAUUUAAUAAAACAUUAUGAUUCAUUAUUAGCAAGUGGACAUGAACCUGAAACACAUACUUUGGCAGCAUUAGAACCAGUUUUAUAUGAUUUUUUUUCUUUUAUUGUUAAUAGUGUUCAAAUUGAAGAUGAUAAAUGGGAACGUCUUUCACGACAAAUUGUCGAUUUACUUCUUGCUCAUUUACCAUCUCAGUUAAUGGAACAUGAGAUGAAAUUUAUUGUGCAAGCAUGGUGGUCACCAAUAUUAACACCAUCAUCAUUAAUAACACAUUUAUCUAUAAGUAGUCAAUUACAAUCUUAUUGUGAUUUAAUAUAUCAUCAUGAAUUAUAUGUUGAACAUUUUAUAUCAAUAACAACACAUUAUCAAUUAUUAUUAUUAUUUUUUAUUUGA